AUGGAACGUGCAAUGGAGGAAAAUGAGCGGAUCGAAAUUUCUUCAGAAAUGGGAAAAACGAAAAUAUCUCAUGAUGUGGAAAGAAGUAAAAUAAAUGUUCAUUCUACAAUGCUGCCUUUAUGCUGGUACAGGCUUGCCUUUGAAAGUUAUGGCAUUCAUGUCUGUUUAAAAUACCUAAAUUUGGAUUUUUAUCUUAAUCAUUGUAAUACAUUGGCAAAUCAAUGA